GGGACCCGAGAGAGGGGUGUGGUGUAAAGGAAUUCAUUAGCCAUGGAUGUAUCCAUGAAAGGACUUUCAAAGGCCCAGGAGGGAGUCGUGGCUGCUGCUGAAAAAACCAAACAGGGUGUGGCAGAGGCAGCAGGAAAGACAAAAGAAGGUGUUCUCUGUGUAGGCUCCAAAACCAAGGACGGAGUGGUUCAUGGUGUGACAACAGUGGCUGAGAAGACCAAAGAGCAAGUGACAAAUGUUGGUGACGCGGUGGUCACGGGGGUGACAGCAGUAGCGCAGAAGGCCAUGGAGGGAGCAGGGAGCAUCGCAGCUGCCACUGGCUUUGGCAAAAAGGAUCAGCUGGGCAAGGGUGAAGGAGGAGGCCCACAGGAAGGAAUUCUGGAAGAUAUGCCCGUUGAUCCUGACAAUGAGGCAUAUGAAAUGCCUUCUGAGGAAGGGUAUCAAGACUCUGAACCCGAAGCCUAA